UUCACAUAGAAUAACCGCCGUGCGUUUGUAUUAGUUCUAGGGAUUUGGCAAAGAUCGAUUAAUUUACGCAAGCGUCAAACGUGUGUAUGUGUGUGUGUGCAAUUCUCGGUGAUUCUAAGAGAUACAAAUUUGUUGAAAAGAGAUGGGAGGUCAUGGAGUGCCAUAUAAAAUACCAAGUCCAGACAUAUACAAAGUAGAGGAUGUUCCAGAGCUCAAAUGGGUUCAAGAAGAACUAGCCAAAAAAGGAUUAAAAGAUCCUUGGUUAAGAAAUGAAGUUUGGCGUUACACAGCACUUUCUGGUACUCCCUUCUCACGAACAUUUGAAGGAUUGACAAGAGGUUUCAAAUAUGCAAUUCCAGCUUUCUUAAUAACAAUAGCUAUAGAGCAAGCUUUUGGAAUUACUUACGGAAAUGAUGGUGGUCAUGAUGAUCAUGGUGAUCAUGGUGAUCAUCAUUAAUGUUAUUCAAAGAAAUGAAUGAUAUACAUGGAAGGAAUAAAUAGCAUUAUUAUUCUUGUAUAUAUUA